UGUUCCAUUUCAAUAUUUCCUGAAUUAAACGGAAAACAAAUGAAAUACGCUGAUCAUAUUGUAUUAAAAUUCUUCGUAGAAAAUCUGGUACGGCAUUUUGGACAAACGAAGUGAAAGGAAAAUAACGCAGAAAUGUCAUUGUCAUGAUAAUGAUAGUGUUCGAUUGAUUCAUACCUAGUGCUGUUGUUUUGUAUUUUGUGCUUUUGUGAAGUGUACGUUGUUUUAUGUACAAAUUGGAGAUACAUUUUACACAUAUGACGACAAUAUCAUGGCGACAACAAAAGCAGAAAUUUUGAAAGAUACCGUGUCAGUGUUAAUAAAUGCAAUAGGCGAUAGUGAGAACUCUGUAAACAAUGUGGUAAUUAAGUCGUUGACGAAGAUAGCGAACUGCUAUCCGAAUGAAUUCAUCGAUAUAUUCUGCGAGUUUUACAAGAACACAGUCAAACCAAACUCAAUUCAGCUGGGAAACAUAGUCAAGGUUCUUGAACAAACAUGUGUAAACCAAGUGAAGAGGUUGGAGAAGCAGUCGGCUGCGGAGCUAGUCACUUCCAUGCAGCGGGCAAUGAUAGAGAAUCCUUCAUACGAGCCGGUGGUGCAGAUGGGAGCUUCAGCUGUGUUGGUGGCAGUUAGCCAUGAACAUCUGGACUUGGUACUCCGCUCCCUCAUCAACCAGCUGUCGCCGGCGUCGGUGCCGCACUACACGGUGGCGCACACGCUGGGCACGCUGGCGGCCGUGAACACGCACGGGCUGGUGCCGCACGUCAAGGAGAUCCUCGGCAAAAUGCUGCCCCUGCUGUCCUUGGUCAAGCAAGAUGGCGUCAAGCAGUCGUUCGCUUAUGCUUUCGGCCACUUCGCCAUCGCAGUCUCGGAACAAAUCGGCGACAACGUAGAAAACGGCAACAUAACAGCUAUAAAGUACAAUUUUGUCACGGAGUUUUCCAUCAUCUUCGACGUGCUGUACAACCAAUGGCUGCCUUCCAACGAGCACAAAGUCUCUGAGUCGGUCCUCGAAGCCCUAGGCCCCAUCACCAGGCUCAUACCCGAAAGACAGUUCAACGAAACUGUCAACAAAUUCGUGCUUUCAUUGCUGUCUUUGUACAGAAAACCCAUCAUUAAUUUCUACUAUAUUAGUCAAUGUAUAUCGUAUAUACUCUCUCCAUCGCCUUUAAACCCGAAAUUGACAUUGAACGAAAACGUCAUAAACUCCAUAAAUCAUGUUUUGUUUAACUUGGUCCUUCUGGAGCCGGAUUACGACCAGCCUCAUACAGUUAAAAACCAUUUCGAAGUGCUAAGAUGUUUCGAUCAUAUGGCUGGUCAGUUCCCAGAACAAACCAUCGAAAGUCUACUUCAUCAAUGCAAGAACAAUCAAGAAAAGGACAGAAUGAAAGCAGUCAUCAUUUUAACACAUCUGACGACGUCAUCGCAAAUAUUCGUCGAAAAUUACGCGAAAAAAUUCAUUGUCUUACUAAAAGUAAUGACUACGAUGGAACAGGGUUUAAAAAUGAAAAAGUUAUUGGUCAAAGCUAUUGUCGGGUUGGUUUACAGAAAUUGUAUAGUGUCACCGGACGAUUUUACCAUGAUCGAGUUCAUUAUAAAACAUUGCAGCUAUGAAGCUAAUCCAACCGUGGUCAAACAUGACUUGACAGAUUUACACGAUACUUGCAAAAGUUCUCUCAUAUUAAUGUGUAAUACUGUGACUAGUGUUCGUACACAAUUAAGAAAUUUAUUACUAACCGCUCUAACUGUCGAUGAAUUCACUGGAUCAAUGUCUACAGUGAGUCAUUGUCUCACGUCGUUGCUACAAAACAAUUCAGACGCAAUUGAAGAUACAUCCAAAAAUGUAGACGAAUUCAAAGUCAAUCCUGAUUUAGUUUUCAUUAGAUGCAUCACGCAUGUUGUAGAACCGGAAGCGACGGAGAAAAAUAAAAAUUUGCUGAUCUUUCUCGAAGAAUAUUCAGGCGAUAUCCAUAAGAAUCUCAAGAAUUCAUGGACGGUCGAAAUUCAGAGGUUGCUGAAAUUUGUCGAUAAAACUGAACCGAAGGAACAAUGGCAUAGGAUGUUGUUGGAUCUAUUAGUGUCGGCUGUGGAACAAGUGAACAAUAACAAAUGGGUGGAAAAUAUAGCGAUGCUGAUAACCCAACAAGUUGUAGCGAAAAAGCAACCGCCAAUGGUGAAAGGAGUUUCUUUGCAGUACUUAGCUAUUUUAUCCUGUCAUAUAGCUAACGCUGCUGUGGUUGAGAAUGUUUUGAAGAUCAUCCUACUGGGUCUCAAGUCUAUUCCUAUGGAGAGUUGCGAUUAUGUUAGCAACGCUAUAGGAAUAGCUUCAAGACAACACGGAGAGUUUGUUCUAAACGAACUAGACGCUGUUUACAAAGACAACGAAGGGAAAAGGGGGAGCAAAAUUCUCAGUUUUUUAUCGUCGAGGAGUUCGAGAAACGAGUUGGAAUUAAACACCGUGAAAUAUACUCUGAUAACUUGCUACGGGAAAGUAGCGACUGAGUGUCUAGAUGUCCACGUCUUGGCGAGACUAGGUGAUAACGUUACGUCGAUAUUGUACGAGAUCUUGAAGACCGCGCCACAGUUCGACUUGUGCAAAGCUAGUGUUACCACACUGUACCAAAUAAGCAAGGCUUUGCAACCAGCGGCCCACCACAAUGUGGCGUUGAGGAAUCGCUGGCAACUGUUGAAUGCCGUACUCGAACAAAUCUACAACUCUAAUUUAGAUAAGCGCAACGUUGAAUUGUACCCAAUUAUUGUGAAGGCUUCGAAAUCAUUAACUAAACUCCAGAAAGGAAUACUACCAGAGGAGAGAAACACAAUAUUGCGCGUACUAUUCAAUAGUAUAUUUGGAGAAUUGUCAUCGUUCAAGAGAAAGUACGAGAUCGAAGGCAACGGCGACAAGAAUGACCGUCUGGCGAAGACUUUAAACGACAGCUUAACUUUGCUUCAUCAGCUGAUACGAGAGCUGAUUAUACAAUCGACUUGCUUGAGCACAAUCGAUGAUUUAAUCGGUCUCUUAAUCGAAUGGAUGAGGAACGAAAACGAUGAGAUACGAACAGCGUCAGUGUUGAUUCUUCAAGUGAUGUUCGAUACUUAUAUAAAAAACGUGAAAUUGAAUUACGAAACGCCAAGUAAAUUUGGUCAAAUGGGCUACUUACUAGGUCUGGUAGUGCCAGGAGUAGCAGACACGAAUUUCCCAGUGAGAUUGACGACAGUGGAUUGCAUAAAAUUGAUCAUUCAAAUUCAGGAUGUUUACGAAGGCCACACGAUUGAACCAGAUGACGAAUGCAUGAAUGAUCUUGCGAACCUGCAAAACAAUAUUUUGACAAAUGACGUGAACAUGAUAAGUGAUUAUUGCAUGGCCUUGUGUGAUACUAUAUCGAAGAAGAUUCCUCACCACCACACGAUGCAGUUUGUUGAGAGUUUGUUGGAAGGUUAUGACGACAAAGAGUUGAGGAGCGUUGGUAUCAGUUCAGUUUUGGACGCGUUCUUCGUGAAGAAAGGUCAGGAUUUGUACCAGAGCAUUGAGAGGAUAGUGGAGGUGAUGUUGAACACGAUGGACGCAGUCGAAGCGGACGCCAGGAUUCGCUUAAUGAAGCCGCUCACGUCGUUGACAAGGCACCAUACCAACGCUGUGACGGCUGUGCUUCUCGCUCAAAGGCUUCCAUUGAAAGAAUCCGUAGUGUCGUGUUGGCGAUCGCUGGCCAAAGAUGAGGGUCUGUCUUCCGCCAUAGUGGAGAACUUCCUGCGGUUAAUGACCUCCAUAGAGCUGUAUGAGGACCCUUAUCAUAUCACGGAGAACCAUAUUGCGGCCCUUCAGCCCUUGACGCUCAUAAGCGCUUUAGGCGAGAUGCUACAAGAGCCGGCGAUGCGCACGAUCAGCAUAAGCAAAUUCCCCGAGCUGUUCUCAGUGCUGUACAGCACGCUCGCGUGCUACAUGGCCGCGGAGCCGCCGGCGUACGUGCUGCCGGCCAACAGGCAGGAGAGGUUCGGGUUCAUUCCCAACAGGGACUCCGUUAAAUUGUCCCCGGCGAGGAUUUGCGUUUACACGUUCAACGCAUUUUUGGAUCGGGCCGACUGUCAGAAGGUAAAAGAAGCUUGCUCCCUCUGCCUCAGCGUGGAACACGGAGACUCGUCAAGUACAUUGCUGGAGCUAGCUCCUAUAUUGAGUGGCGCCCUCUGUCGAUCGUGUCCGGGCCAUCUCGCCAAACUGGUGUCAAAAGUGGCGCAAUAUUCCCGCUCACCCUUACCCCCGCAACGAUGGGCUUCGUUGGCCUUGUUGGCAGAUUUGUUAAACUACAGAUGCAACGACAACACAGUCCUAAUAGAGACAGUGUUGGCAACACUGAGCACGGGCUGGAAGGACGAGAACAGCCGCGUGCGCUGCACGAGCGCGCGCGGCGCCGCCGGCGUGGCGCGGCUGAGCGCGCCGCUGCGCGCGCACGCGCUGCCUCAAGUGUUCGCCGCGCUGAGCCAGGCUUUGGACGACCACCAUUCGCUGUCGCCAGCAGACUGCGUGCCUCUAGCCGCAAUGCAAGGCCUCAGUCGCCUGUUGACCGAACUGGAGAAGGUAGACAAGGAUUUCGAGAGGGAGCUGCUCGCGAUAUCGCAGAAAAUACGUCCGUUUAUGAACACGGAGUGCGCGCAACUGAGGGAGAAUUCUAUCAGAUUGUUCGGCAUCGUAGCCAACAUGGUGUGGUCCGACUCUCUGGUAGAACAAGCAGUGAGCUCGCUGCCGUGUUUCCUGUUACACCUUUGCGAUAAGAACUCUGCUGUGGUCAGGGCCAGCAAGUUCACCCUAAAACAAUUGUUCAAAACCUUCAACGUGAAGAAAUCGAAUGACUUCGUACAAACCCACCUUCUGGACGAAGGUCGAUUAUACUUGGACGAGUUUUUAGCUGCUCUGUUGCGCCAGUUGGCAGACGAGAUGCCUUCCAGCGUGGCCAGGUGUUUGCAGACUGCUGUCAAUUACUUGCACUGUUCCAGCGAGGAUAUGAAGCCCCAUCCGCCUUUGUUAUUGGGUUUGCUCUACGCGGAGCUAUACCGUAUCCGGUCAGACCAUCCGGACCAGACGGAGCUGGACGCGGACGUGACGCGGACCGCGCGGACCAGACUGCUGCAGCUAGUCAAGGACAACAACCCGCAGGUCAGACAAAACGCCGCCAUGGCUCUGGCUAACAUAUGUCUUGUAGUCGCCGAGGAAUGAUCGUGGGAGAUGGUUUUGAGGUUAUGAAAUUAUUUCUUUUUCAAGGCUACUUGAUUGGGCGAUAAAAAUAAAUACAUGUAUACGUAUUUAAAUAACAAAUUCAUUAAUGACAUGUCACUUUAAUUUAUCAGUUUGAUUUAUAUUGAAGUAGUAAUAGAAAUGAUUUUUUAAGCCAAAAAUUGUAAUUACAUAGCACGUCACUGUCAUACAAGCACCAUAUAUUUUUGUUUUUGAAAAAAAAAAAAACUGAUUUUACUAGUUGCAAAGUAGCCGAUCGUACCAUGUGUUCUAGAUGUACUGCAUUGAUGACAACGUAUACAAGCAUAUAUACAUAUAUGAAUAAGCUGAUUUUUUUUCACGAUAUCGGGGUUGCUAAUACGAAAAGUUGAUCAAUAACAUAGAUAACAAACACCCUGUAUAAUUGCAUUCUAUUUUAGACUUUGUCACAUUGGAAUUAGAACCGAUGUAUACACAUUAAAGCGCGGUCCCAGUGCUCCGUUGUUUUACAUAGGUUUUGACAUCACUUCAUGUUUGCGUCGAUUUGUCGAUGGACGUCAGCGCAACGGAAGACGAUGGAGCGCAACGUCGCAAUGAGGCCGGGCUCUUAAUGCACGCGAUUGUACUUCAACCGCAUAUCAGCUUCACUAUUACAUGGUACAUUUAUUCCGCAGUAAUAUGGGCGAAUUUGCAAUGAAUCCGUAUAGGUUGUUGUGCUGUUGACUGUACUUUAAAAAUGGUGAACGGUAUUGACAUGUGUUUGACUACACUUUUUGGAAAACCCAUAUCUUUAUACAUCACAAAUCACCAUUUUAACAAUAGGCGAUUAGACAAAAGGUAUUGCCUAAUUAUGCUUAUACAGCAUAUAUUAAUAUUAUAUAUUAAUAUAAUGCAAUAAAAAAAUAUGUCAAGAUUCACCAUUUUAGAGCACAAAAAUCGCAAAACCUAUAUCAAAUAUUUUCUUGUAUUUUUUUUUUAAACUGUUAAAAGUUUAAUACUUGUUAAACACAUUAUCCUACUAUUUUAAGAUGUCAAGUGCUUAAAUGUCAUUUUCAAGUUGUCAGUAUCUUUCAAUUCUGUUUGGCAAGUGUUCAACCUUUAGACAUGGUUUUGUAGUAAGACCUAUAGUUUUAAGUCUUUAAAAAAAUAGAUAUAUCUUCAUAUUCCAAUUAUUUUAGCCGCAGAUAUGAAGAUCAUAAUUACAUCACAAUCUUUCAACGGAGAAGUUUACUCUAGUCGAAACAAUUGCUUAUUUUAUUUGCAAAUAAUGAAAAGUGCGUUAAAACUCGAUAUCAUAUGUGUAAACUUAUGUUAACACAUGAUUGUAUUACACGUGAUAAAAUAUUACCUUCUUAUAUUCAUGAUUCAUGAUUAUUGUUUAGUAAGCCAAACACCGUAAUUUUUUUCAAAAAUUUGACUUAGAAAACUUAUUCAUUGAAUAAGGACAUUUAAUAAGGACGAAUAUUUUAAUAGUGACAUGCUGUCAACCGGAGACUGAGAAACUGUAGACGAGAUAUGUUUCGUUUUUCUCAAACAUUAAUUAAAAAUAGGAUUUACUUUACACAGUUUAUGUAUAAAUCCUAAUCUUCACUUCGAUUGUGCUGAAGAUUUAUUGCAGGAAAUCGGGGAUUCUAAGGUGCUUUUAAAUAUAUAGUUAAUUUUAGUCAUACCGUGAUGUUGAAGAAAGGACAAAAAAACAUUCAAAAUACUUAUGUAUUAUUUUAUACAUAAGACUAUUGGGUAUCAUACCAUCGAUUGAUUUUGCGAUACUAUCGAUAGUACUAUCGAUUUUUCGGAAACAAUAAUUCAAAUGCAAUGCGUACGUCCUAAGAAAAUGUGAAUCUGUUUUUGUAGUUAAGUCAUUACUUUAAAAAGUAGACUUUUAGACUCUGACUUAUUUAAGAGACUGAAAAAUGAUAUAUUAAAAUAUACGACUAAAUGAUGAUAUAACUUUUGGUCUAUAAAAAUAUAAUUAGAAGUAGAUAAAUGUAGAUUUUUAAUUUUCUUAGUUUUUUUUUGCUGAUUUCAUAUGUUAUCGAUGUGUCGUUGAUUUUUAAGAAAUGUUAAAAUCAGUGAUUGCAAUGAAAUACUUUGAAAAAUUACACCUUUUAUUAAAAUGUCAAUGUAAACUAUCACAAAAUUAUUUAAAAAAAUAUAUGUUCUAAACAUGGCUACAUAAAAUUAAAAAAAAACUUGGCUAAGGUUAUAAAAAAAAA